GCUGCGCUUCUACUUUUUUACUCUUUGCACCGUUACCUGCAUACAGAAGAGACGCGUGUUUUCGCCACGGUUCCACGUUUUUUUUUCUUAGUUUUUUAUUUUAUUUUACUUUUUAUUUUCUAAAGAAAAUAUUUUGUUUUCUUCUUCUUAAGUAGAUAAAUCAUGACUGGACGUGGGAAAGGCGGCAAGGGUCUGGGCAAGGGCGGCGCGAAACGCCACCGCAAGAUCCUGCGCGACAACAUCCAGGGCAUCACCAAGCCUGCCAUCCGUCGUCUGGCUCGUCGUGGUGGUGUCAAGCGUAUCUCUGCCAUGAUCUACGAAGAAACCCGCGGCGUGCUGAAAUCCUUCCUUGAAUCCGUCAUUCGCGACGCGGUCACGUACACCGAGCACGCGAAGCGGAAGACCGUCACGUCGCUGGAUGUCGUGUAUGCGCUGAAGAGACAGGGUCGCACGCUUUACGGGUUUGGCGGAUGAAAAGAAAAAGAAAAGAAAACAAGAAAAG